CCGAUUACCUAUAUUCAUAGGACUCGGAAAAAACCGCCACUGUGCCUCCUUAUGACCGGACUUAAAAUUCCUUGCUAAGCGCAAAUAAAUGAAACAAGAACCAGAGAUGGCCGUGCUCGAGCAUUCCCCAGUCAUCAAGCGGAGGCGUUUUGAGAUUUUGAUGAUCACUUCGGUAACUCCAGUGAUCUGGUAUAAAUACUAAAGAAGCUCUCUUGAUCUCUAUCAACACCACCCAUCAUGUCUCCUGAUAUUGCUUCGACUAUGGGGGCGAUCUACAUAGGCGCUACAGUGGCUACAGCGCUUUGGGGAGUCACAGCCAUACAGUCAACGACCUAUUUCAGCAGAUUCCCGAAUGACUGGUGGUUCUAUCGUUUCUCAGUUGGCCUUCUCUGGAUCGUUGACACCCUUUAUCUCACAUUCUAUGCGCAUGCUCUGUACUACUAUCUGAUCAAAAACUUCGGGCAUCCCGAAGCACUUUUGACUAUUGUGUGGAGCUUUAAGACAGACAUUAUGUUCUUGGGCCUAGAGAUCCUUCUCGUAGAUAUUGUUUAUGCGGUGAGAAUAUGGAUGUUGGGACGUUUCUUCCAUAAGACAAUCCCAUGGCUGGUUGCUGUUGUCAUCGCAGGCACAUCCGCUGUAGUUAUCAAUGAAAUCCACACUAUAUUUACGAUCAAAACUUACCUUGACGCUGAGACGGUCUCUAAAUCGAUUGAAGCGCUCUUGGCUACAACUGCAGGAGUGGACAUCAUCAUAUGCGGUACCAUGUCAUAUUACCUCCUCAAAAGUCGAUCAGUUUCGAACUUUUUCAGGACGACGAAACCGCUUCUUAUAUCAUCGCGCUUUGUUAUUGUGUCCGGAUUGGCUACUACUAUAUGCGCAUUGACGAUUCUUAUCAUGUUUGUGUCUAUGCCGAACUCACUCGUAGCUGCGGGAAUCGCGACUCCUCUACCAAGAGUUUAUCUCAACUCACUACUAGCAAUGCUAAACCUACGAAAUACUCACCAAGAAAAUAUCGUGAUAUCUACGAGCGGCGGUGGCAGCAGGUCCCUACCAAGUACGGUUUUGGAAUCUAUGAGAUUCAAAGCUCGGAGUACGGCGGCUACUGAUACACAAACUCAGGAGCAGUGUAUCAAUGGCCGAGCUACGCUCCAGUAGAUCGUCAGCGGAACCGAUGCGUGUACCAGAUAUAAAGGCUCGGACUCUGGAUAGUCCUUGUUAGGUUCGAAUGCCCCAUGCAGAAAUCGGGAUCUUGUCGAUGUACAACAGGUAUUAACCUAGUCAGAAAUGAAACAGCCAGAAAUUCGAAGUUUUCCUUUCUGUCGACUGAGGCUUUUGACACCAUCCUUUGGAGGCUAUUCUCCGUCUUCAUUCAGACCGAUUGCGCGACCUACCUAGUACUAAGAAAUUACCUCUGGGUU